AUGGCAAAGAAAGGUGGUAAUUCAAAGGGUGGAAGUAAGAAAGGUACUAAGAAGGGUGUUAAGAGGAAAGUGGUAGAUGCCUUUGAUAAGAAGGAAUGGUAUGGUUUGAAGGUCCCCUCUGUCUUUGUUAAUAAAAAUGUUGGUAAGACCUUGAUAUCGAGAAUAUCAACGAAACAGAAUUUGGAGAAGGGAUUGGUAGGAAGGUGUUUCACUGUGAGUCAAGGAGAUUUAAAUCCUGGGAAUGAGGAGCAUUCUUGUAGAAAGUUUAAGUUCAUAGUGGAUUCCCUUAAGGGAUCCGAUGCUGUUGCAUCUUUCUAUGGAAUGGAGCUCACGAUAGAUAAGCAGAGGGGGAUUAUUAGAAAAUGGCAUACCCUGAUAGAGGGGAAUGUUGAGGUUAGAACUAAGGAUGACUAUCUUCUCAGGGUUUUUGUUAUGGGAAUAACAAAGAGAAGGCCUGACCAUGUUAAGAAGACGUGUUAUGCCACCACAGCCAAGGUUAAGAAGAUCAGACAGAGAAUGUUUGAGAUUAUUAAGGAGGAGUUUUCUACCUCUGACAUUGAGAAGGUGAUGAAGAAGAUGUGUACCGAGAAGGUGGGAAAGGAAAUCGAGAGGCAGUGUUCCUCGAUAUUUCCACUCCAAAAUUGCUACACCAGGAAGGUUAAGGUCCUCAAAAGACCAAAAGUGGAGGGUGAGAUUGAGGAGGUAGUUGAGGUGAAUUGA